AUGAGUAUUCAGACACUGCAAGCCGCUUCAAUCUCAUGGGACAUCAGGUCAAUUGACAGAGCUUUAAAGUCAUCAAUUUACUGUCCCAACAACAAGCAAAAGUUCAUGACAAGUGCUCCUUUUCCGUUUGCCAGACCUCAAAGACUUCUAAUCCAAUGUGGGGUUCGGUUUCGCCCUUGUAUCGACAUACACAAGGGAAAAGUGAAGCAAAUUGUUGGGUCCACCCUUCUUGAUGCAGAGGAAGGCAAUUCAACUCUUGUCACAAAUUUUGAAUCUGACAAAUCACCAGCAGAAUAUGCAUAUCUCUAUAAAGAAGAUGGACUUCUUGGUGGUCAUGUAAUAAUGCUUGGAGCUGAUCCAUUGAGCAAAUCAGCAUCCAUUGAAGCAUUGCAUGCAUAUCCUGGCGGUUUGCAAGUUGGAGGUGGUAUCAGUUCAAGCAAUGCUUUGAGUUACAUAGAGGAAGGGGCCAGCCAUGUCAUUGUCACCUCAUAUGUAUUCAAUAAUGGAAAAAUGGACCUUGAGAGGCUAAAAGAACUUGUGGGUGUUGUUGGAAAGCAGAGGCUUGUCUUGGAUCUUAGUUGCAGGAAGAAGGAGGGGAAAUAUGCCAUCGUUACUGAUAGAUGGCAGAAGUUCAGUACUGUAUAUCUUGAGGAGAAAGUAUUGGAUUCUCUUGCUUCUUAUGCGGAUGAGUUUCUGGUCCAUGGAGUUGAUGUUGAAGGACAAAAACUGGGAAUUGAUGAAGAGCUUGUAGCAUUGCUCGGCCGCUACUCGCCGAUUCCGGUGACAUAUGCUGGUGGUGUUACUCUAAUGGCUGAUUUGGAGAGGAUAAAAGUUGCAGGGAGGGGGCGUGUGGACAUUACUGUGGGUAGUGCUCUUGAUAUUUUUGGUGGCAACUUGGCGUACAAAGAUGUGGUAGCUUGGCAUGCUCAGCAGGAGGCUUUGGCAGUUUAG